AUGAAACCUGCCGCUACAUUCGCGACAUUCCUGGCGCUGAGCAUGUUUGUUGCAACGGAUAGUGCGCCAAAUGCACCUGUACUUCGUAGCCUACGUAUGAACGCGGACAUACCCGCGGUCAAAGAAGAUACCGAUGAAAGCAGGAAGGACCACCACCAUCACCAUGUUAAGAAAGUCAAGAAAAUCGCGAUUCCUGUCCCUGUAGAGGUACCGCAGAUCAUUCCUGUUCCCGUCAGCAUCCCUUCUACAGUGGUGGCCAGCUCCGACACUGCCGUCGUUGACUCCACCACGAAUGUCGUCUCCAACAACGUCGCCGCCACCGAUGUUGUUGCCCCAGUUGCAUUAGGGACCAACGUGGCACCGGUACCUGGAGCUGCCACGCCAGCUCCGACGAGUCCAGGAGCUGCCUCAGCCGUCCCUCAGUCUGGUGACGUAGGUAUGGCCGGGGCUCCAUCGCCGCCAGGUUUCGGAAAUAACAACAAUGCGCUUGGAGCUGGACUCGGCGCUCCAGGUGCUGCUGGUGGACUUCUUGGAAACACCGGUGGGUUUGGCGGAAAUACCAUGGGCACCCUCGGUGGUGGCUUCAACGGCGGUGGCAAUCGAAUGCCAGGUUUCGGUGGUCGUGGUGGUGGUUUUGCUGGUGGUAGUAAUAUGUUCGGUGGAGCUGGUGUUGGCAUGGGUGGCUUCAACGGGAAUGGUGCAAGUGGAUUCGGACAGCAGAUGGGGUUCGGUGCACAAGGUGGAAAUGGGUUUGUUGGGAUCGGAGGACAGGGUGCAAGGGGGAACUUUGGUCAGAGUGGCAACAAUGGGUUCAUCGGUGGCCAGACUGGAUUUGGAGGUGCCGGUACGGCUAGUGGCAAUGCGUUUGGUCGUGAAGGCUUUAAUCGCCGCGAGCGUCAGCGUCGUCGUUGA